UGCAAAGACUGUAGACAAUAUCAUAGUUCAAAAAUUAUUCUAUAAUAUGAAAUUGAUAAGUGAUUGAUUUGCAGUCAUAUGUUAUUUCUGCAAUUUUACGUAGUUAUAUAUUAUUAUCGAUAUUGCUUUUCUGCAAUUAUAUGCUACAAUACUAUCGAAAUAUAAUUUUAGAUUUACAUUCGUCAGAUUGACUUAUAGAAAAAAAAUAAGUACAUUCAGUCUUUCAGAUUAGUUUCAAGUUAUGAACUUAGAAAUAUGAAUAUAUUUCAGAAAACCAGAAGACAGUGUCCCGAUAUAUUUGACAUUCCUUACUAUAAAAUGGUCGAGAAAUAUUUUCAACUUUUGGGGCAAGAUCCGCGUUUAAAGAAUGAGUUCAGAAAUUUUAUAGUAACAGUGGUGGUGAUUAGUAUUUCGGGCAAUAUUGUUCCAACGUCAAUAGAGUUAUAUACAUCGUUAUGUGACAAGAAUAUGGACGCAGUGAUCGAGGGUCUACCACAUUUUAUCGCAGCUACCAUCAGUGCUGUUAAAAUAUUGAAUGUAUAUUUCUAUAGGGAAAACUUUGACAAAUUAUUUCAAUUUGUAACAAAUGAGUGGAACAAGCUGAAAUUAAACAAUGAAUUGCAUAUUCUCGAUAAAACCAUUAUAAGAGGAAACAGAACAGCACACUUAUAUCGCAGUGCACUGUUGAUAGCUUUGGUAUUGUUCUUAUUGAUUCCAUUAAUUUCUCCUAUGUUAGACGUAUUUCUUCCAUUGAAUGAAACUCGCCCACGACAACAACUUCUCAAAGUUAAUUAUUUGGUUUUUAACGAUGACGAUUAUUUUUUCUACGUAUAUUUGCAACUUGCUUGGGGAUCAAUUAUAGUUGUGGUGACCUCAGUUGCCGUAGAUUCAUUAUUGAUUCUCAUAAUUCAUCAUUGCAGCGGAUUAUUUACAGUUUGCGGAUACCAAGUGCAAAAAGUAAUAAGCAAUGCGAAAUCGUUUAACGGAACUGUUUUAAAUAAUUAUACGUACGAACAAAUCAAGAAUUGCGUGAUCAUGCACGAUGAAGCCAUCCAGUUUUAUAAUAUUCUGAAUGAAAGUAAUCGAAAUAGUUAUCUUAUUCAAGUUGGGUUAAAUAUGUUGGCCAUAAGCGCGACAGCUGUCCAAGCAGUCGUAAAUUUGGAUAGACCAGAGGAAGCAAUUAGAAGCGCUGUAUUUUGCGGGGCUAAUCAAUUCCAUUUAUUCGUACUCAGUUUACCUGGACAAGUACUCUUGGAUCAUUGCUCUGAGUUUUCAAAUAAUAUAUACAGUUGCAUAUGGUAUAGAGCACCUGUACGAAUUCAAAAAGUACUCUACAUAAUGCAAAUAAGGAGUAAGAAAUUAUGUACGUUGUCGGCAGGUGGAUUGUAUGAAAUGAACAUAGAAAAUUUCGGCAUAACUUUUAAAACGUGCAUGUCGUAUUUCACAAUGAUAAUGUCGCUGAAAUAAUGAUUCUACGUUAUCCAUAUCGAAAAUAUAUUAUAUUUUCUAUCUAUAAAAUAAAUAAGGAUGUGAAUAAUAGUAGUAACAUAAUUAUUGUAUCUAUUGUUAAAUAAUUA